AUGUCACCAAAUAAAAUUGAAAGAACCGCCUCACGUCUCAACGCCUUAAAUACAACAAGUGGAAAUAUGGCCGGUCCUUCAGACGCCACCACAAACGGUACUGGUACCCAAACAGGCAACACAAAAGAGACAAGUGAGCAAUAUUUUGCAAUCCAUCUGGUCAUAAGCAAUCUCCCCGAGAUUAACUCAAUAAAUAGAAGUAUCCUGAAAACACUUCUCCAUCUGCCCAAUUACCCUAUAGAUAACAAAGAACCACCAAGUGAAAAAGGACCAGAAGAUCCCAAGAAACAAGAUAACAAUGAUGCGUCAAAAGAAAAAGAAAAAUCAAACGUAAACGGUGAAACAGAAAAACAAAAUGAAAAAAGCUCCAGCAAAGAUCAGUUAAAAGAAGACAAUCCCGAAGAUCAUUCACAAAGCAAACAACCUGAUAAAGGGAAAGGACCUGGAAGGACUAGGUGA